AUGUUGGACAGCUACAUCCCUCCAGGAUCAUCCCAGUCGGACGUUGCCAUUAUCGAGCCCAAGGUGGAAAAGCCGGGUCCGGUGAGCAUCCGGGAACGACUUCGUCAUUUCACCUGGGCCUGGUAUACCUUAACCAUGAGCGCGGGUGGGCUGGCGCUUCUCAUUGCCAGCCAACCCAAUGCCUUUCCCGGCUUGAAAGAAAUCGGGUUAGCGGUCUACAUCAUCAAUCUUCUUUUCUUUGCUGGGGUUUGUUCCACAAUGGCCACGAGGUUCAUCCUCCACGGUGGAUUCCUUGAUUCUCUGCGUCACGACCGCGAAGGUCUCUUCUUCCCGACUUUCUGGCUGUCUAUUGCCACCAUGAUCACCGGCCUAUACCGAUACUUCGGCGAGGGAGCUGAUAUCUCGUUCAUAAUCGCCCUGGAGGUGUUGUUUUGGAUCUACUGCGUCUGUACUCUAGCGACUGCCGUCAUCCAAUACUCGUUCGUCUUCUCCUCCCAUAAGUAUGGCCUUCAAAGCAUGAUGCCUUCCUGGAUUCUUCCAGCCUUCCCCAUCAUGCUUAGCGGCACCAUCGCUUCCGUCAUCGCCGAACAACAGCCUGCCCGCUCCGCCGUCUCCAUGGUCCUCGCCGGCAUUACCUUCCAGGGGUUGGGAUUCUCCAUCAGCUUUAUGAUGUAUGCACACUACAUUGGUCGAUUGAUGGAAAGCGGGCUGCCCAGUAGCGAGCACCGCCCCGGCAUGUUUAUUUGCGUCGGACCCCCCGCUUUCACGGCUCUGGCUCUCGUCGGCAUGGCCAAGGGUCUGCCCGAGGAUUUCCAAGUGUGGGAUCAAGAAUAUGCCAUCGCCGAGGCACAUGUUAUCGAGCUGCUUGCCAUCGUCUGCGGUGUAUUCCUCUGGGCCCUCAGUCUAUGGUUCUUCUGCAUUGCUAUCGUGGCCGUCAUUCGCUCCCCGCCCAAGGCCUUCCACCUCAACUGGUGGGCCAUGGUCUUCCCCAACACCGGAUUCACCCUGGCGACUAUCACUCUUGCCAACGCACUGAACAGCCCCGGCAUCAAGUGGUUCGGCACCGCCAUGUCGAUCUGCAUCGUCUGCAUGUUCCUCUUUGUUCUGGUCAGCAAUGUUCGGGCUGUUCUUCGAAAAGACAUCAUGUUCCCCGGCAAGGAUGAGGAUGUCUCGGAAUAA